CCGAGGCUAGAGGGAAGAAGAAGGGAUCAGGAGCGGGAGCUGAGGGAAAAGAGGCCGGUCCAGGUCUGGCCGCUGCCGCUGCUCGCCCGAGGUCUGCAGGCCGGGCUGCGGCUCAGUCCUCGGCUCCUGGGCACAGUCUACGAGGCUCCGGCAGGCCAGCGUGGGAGAGCCGCAGGCGGCGGUCGCCGCAUCAUGUCAACCAAGGACGAGCGGGCCAGGGAGAUCCUGAGGGGCUUCAAACUAAAUUGGAUGAACCUUCGGGAUGCUGAGACAGGGAAGAUACUCUGGCAAGGAACAGAAGACCUGUCAGUCCCUGGAGUGGAGCAUGAAGCCCGUGUUCCCAAGAAAAUCCUCAAGUGCAAGGCAGUGUCUCGAGAAUUGAACUUCUCUUCAGCAGAGCAAAUGGAAAAAUUCCGCCUGGAACAAAAAGUUUACUUCAAAGGGCAGUGCCUAGAAGAAUGGUUCUUCGAGUUUGGCUUUGUGAUCCCUAACUCCACAAACACCUGGCAGUCCCUGAUAGAGGCAGCGCCCGAGUCCCAGAUGAUGCCAGCCAGCGUGCUAACUGGAAAUGUUAUCAUAGAGACAAAGUUUUUUGACGACGAUCUUCUUGUAAGCACAUCCAGAGUGAGACUUUUCUACGUUUGAGAGAAGAAUAUGUGUGCAUUUCAAGAAUUCAUUUUUUUAGGGGGAAGGAGGAAACUGUCUACUUUUUUCAUCUAUACAUUUGAUUUUUGACACUUCCACCCGUAAUUCCCUCUACGGCAAAACCCACCUGCGGCCACCAGGGGACCAGCUCUGUGUAGGUAACCUGAUGGCUUUUUUCUCUCAAGCCACCAUCUUCAACUGACCAGAUUAAACUCCCAAUCCCAGACCAGGGCAGAGGGCAUGCCUCAACUCCUUGGAGUAGACACGGGGACAAACACAUACCACAAGCUCUUCCCGUCACCCUCCCUGCCUCCUUCUUGGGCCCUGCAGGCAACACAUCUUCCUUUGGCCCCUGGUUUUGGAAAAAUUCAAGUUCCUGACCCAUGUUUAGUUUUUUCCUACCAUUUCUAUUUCAUACAUUCUCAUACAUUUAACUUGUAAAAUAGACUGUGAUAUUAUUGUUACAUAGUGAAUUAAAACAUAUGAAUUAAAAUA